ACCGCACACUUUUGACAGACCCAAGCGGACUUUUUGUAUAUUUUUUUCAAAAUAAAUUAGAUUCCAAGACUUUUUGGUCUUCUUGGCCUUCGCUAUUUCAGUCUCGGCGUGGCAGAGUGUUCUUUUGUGUAUUGUGAACAAUAAACAGGUAUAAAAUAUAAUAUGGCGAAUUAUGAUGGGGAUGAUUUUCAUCCCUCCAUUGAGCCAAUGGUUAUUAUCAAUAGCCAAGACGAUGAGGAAGAAAACUUUUUCUUGAAAUUGCAAUUGUGUAGAAAGAACAAGAGAACACUUUCUACCCAAAUAUCUCAGGUGGACCACUAUAGUAAACAAUUAGGUUUUUUUAAUAGAAAGAGCGACUUCAAAGACAAUUCUCAACUACCUGCAAAUGAUAAUGACUUUUCAAGUUAUGCCAGACCGGAAAUAUCAAUUUUCCCAGUAAAGAAAAACAAGAGGGCAAGUUUUAAAAUUAAAUUUUUUGAAAAACACGUUUCCAAUGGAGACAUCGGGGAAGGAAUGUCAGGUGACGAGGAAGAAACAAACAUGAAAAUAAAAAAUAAUGUUGGAACUAGAUCUCCCGGAGUAAGAACUCCAGUAAGGUUGAUAUCCAAAGAUGAGGCAUUAAAUGCUGAAGAAACAUAUACAAGAAGAAAAAGCAGUCCGUUAGAGAAAUGCCCUAUCUGUAAAAAAUUCUUUAGGAGAAUGAAAACACACUUGCUCAAACAUGAGAUUGUAGAAACUACAAUCGGGAAUGGUCUUGUCUGUGAAAUGUGUUCUAAGGCAUUUAACAGCCAAACUAAUUUACAAAUUCACAUGAGAACUCAUACUGGACAGAGGCCAUAUAUCUGUGAUGUUUGUAAUAAAUCAUUUUCUCAAAGUUGCAAUCUAGUCAAUCACAUGAGGGUUCAUACAGGUGAAAAGCCAUUUAAGUGUCCGCACUGUGAUAGGGCUUUCACACAAUCGGGAAAUCUGAACAAUCAUAUCAGGUUACAUACUGAUGAAAAACCCUUCAAAUGCCAUUUUUGUGAGAAAGCAUUUGUUCAAAGUGGAAAUCUGAAUUCACACAUUAGGAACAAUCACAGAUUCAAAGGAUUUGCUCCGAUUCAGGGAGAGGUAAUGAACAACCGACCAUUAAACCGUUAAAUUUACUCAUGUCUUUACCAUACUACAAAAAAGCAUUUGUAAUGACGCUGCAAUAUAAAAAUCAACUGUUUAAAUUGAUCUCUUUUUACAAUUUUUUAUACAACUUUUAUUGCUUCAAUUUUUUCUAUAUAUGCAUUAUAAACUAUCUAGUCUUGCUAAAUUUUUAGCAAUAUGUUUAAAAAUUAACCAUAUCUUUGUGGAUCUGUUACUUUUAUCUUAAUAUUAUUUUUAUUUCGAGCAUUUGAGAACACUGGCAAACAAACUGUCAAAAGCAGAAAUAUACAGGGUUGCGCACCUCAUUCGCCUCGGUUGAUUAUACGAAAACGGAAAGAU